CCCAACUUACCAUCACGCCCACCACUGUUAUCUCCGACUCAACUCUUUCUUCUCGUUUGCAUCCAUUUCGCGCUCUCAGGCGGACUCUGACCUCUGUAGCGCUCGUUUACGACAGAGGGCGCUUGUUCGCACCUCUUUGUGGUGCACUGCACUGCAUCUGAGGAUGCCAUCGGCAGCUACGCGUACAUGUGUGGAGUGCAACACCAACCCUUCACGCUACAACUGCCCGACGUGUCGACAGUCCACAUGCGGUCUAGCAUGCUCCAAGAGUCACAAAGCUGCCUGUGAUGUGCGGCAUGCAAGCACGUCCAAGACUACGCUGCUCGUCGCGCAGACUCGCGAAGAUCCUACCGAACUGGAAAGAGCUCAAGCAAUUGGUAGGAUAGCCGGAAGGAUCGCACCGCAGAGACCCAGAGAUGUCAACGACCUCAUGGCAGACUUUUCCUUCGUAAGCGCCAUCGCUCAGCAGGCUCAGAAUGCUGGGAGGUUGGCUGUGCAGCUGGGACUCACCAACUCCACCGACACCCAGCACGUGCGCGCAAAGGAUGUCGCGAAUGGUCGUGAGAAUGAGGCAAAGCAUGGGAAGCGCGGACAGGGACAGCAGACGCAGCAGCGUUUGCCGCCGCAAGAGGCGAAGGCGCAGGCAUUGCAGAAGCAGAUCUCGUACCGCAGGCUGCCCAUCAUGCUGCUUCCGGUGGGGAUGCAGAUGCGCAAGGAGAAUGCCACCUCCUGGUCGGGUCGGGACCAGCGCCUCUCAUUCACUAUCGAUCUACGUUUUCCGUUUGCGCCCAAAGCAUUAGCGCGGGCGUCAGAGGUGCAAAGCGCCGGCAAAGGCAAAGGGAGACCCAUGAGGGCCCUAUUGCACCGCAUUGAUCCAGCAAAACGCGUGCAUACCAUCUUCGUGGACGAGCUAGACAGAAUGGCGCGCCAGCAGGGCGUGCCGCAGCCUCCAAGCGUGACAUCCAAGGCAGAGCAUGGCCGCACAUUGCCGCUGCAUUCUGAUGCCGAAAGCUGCGGGAGAUAUUCGUCAAAGGUGCUCGAGGCAGCUGGCCUUCGUACUGACUCCAAAGAAGAAGCGUGCCAUGGGGACCACAAAGACGGCGAGACCCUACAAACAGUGCUGCCUCCAGGUACCGUAGUACUCUUGAAUGUAUACGCGGACCGUCUACGCAACGAGAGCACAGCAAAGUUCAGCAAUUGGUGGCAUGCGCAGGUGCGACGAGGUAAUGUCGCUCCGAACAGCUUGGAAGGUCCCAGCAGUUCAGGGCCUCGUCCUGCAGCGGAGCCAAUUGUCGCGACCUGCACCCCCACAGGUUCGAGAGCGGAUAGCGAGCGUUCAGGUCCAUUGAUGCAUCCAGCACCUGUGAUGCCGGAGACGCAGAUCGCAUGCGGCAGCGAAGCCCCCAGUACAUCCGCGCAUCAAAGCGGCCCUGUCGAUACGGCAAUGCGGACAGUCGUAGCUCUGCGAAGCGCAGAGACAACGGUUCAAGACAUGCUCAGCAGUCUUCCGCGCCGACUUGCAAUCAUAGAGUACCCGCAACUAGAAAUUUGGCCGCUGCAGAAGGUCUUGCAGGCGGUCGAAGGCGGGACGUUGAAGGUGCACGAGCUGCGUGAUCCGAACGAGCCAGAGGAGUCGCCGAAAGCAGAGGAAGUUCCCUUGGCCCCAUCAAUCGAGGCGGAGGGCUCACUUCAGAUUAUGCCUCCACCUGAGCGUAUAUUUGAUGUACCAACGGGUCCCAAAGCAAAGCGGCUGAAGCCAUCGGAUCAUGCACCAACGCGUCCCAACUCUAAGCGACCAAAGCUAUCGGACCCUUCUCAAGUCUCGAGUUCUACAGUAGUCAAUGAAGCGCCCGCGCCAACGUUCUCUGCUCAAGCGCCACCCUCUGGACUUGGCCUGGCGCUUAGCGCAGCCCAAGCAGCUUUGAAAAAUCCCGCUGCACAAGCUGCCAUGAUGCGGGCUGCGCAGGCAAGGCAAGCUCCGCCUUCACUUCCAAGACCUGCAGUUGGGCUUUCGGGAUUGGCGUCGUACGCUUCAGACUCUGAGUCGGAUGAGAAGGACGAACAAGAACAAGAUCAGGAAAUCCCGGAAGCAAAGCCCUCCGGCUCUCGCUCUCCAGAAACGCAAAGGUUGGCCAGGCUAGAAAUGCUCUCAGAGACCGGGGCACAAGCGGCUCUAGAUGCUGUGUCUUCAGCAGGAGUCGGCCCCAACUCAUCUUCCUCUACUUCAGGACUUGCAGAGCUUGCUAGAUCUUUGGGCUGGGCACUGCCUAGAGCUCCUUCACCAGAAUCCCUGCAAUCGCCGGAGAUUCAUCUGCCUCACACGAGCCCGGAAUCGGAAACACCUGCGCUGGGAUUUGAUGGGGAGGAGGAACACCUUGACUGGGGAGACGACGCUUAGGAUGCUUGCUCCAGUCCUGCGAAGCAUGGUAGUUGCGUCUGUACCGGGCAUCACAUGGCAGGCAAUACUCUGCAUCGACGGCGGUGCCGAAGCGCCU